AACCUGAUUUCAAACCAACUUGGAAGUACGCUGAAGCUAAAUAAAACUCAAGAGGAAGUAAGGUGUUCAUACUUUGUAGGUGAAGUAUUUGACAUAAAAAAAAUCAAAUACGAGACUCCAAGCGUUGAUG